AUGGCCACUCAUUCCUACAUUCGCCACGCCGAGCACUGGUUCAUUGUCGCUGGACUUCUCAAGUGGUUCGUUCGCCUGCCGUUGUGCGCACUUCAGCCCAGUGCCUUGGCCACGCCAUCUGCAAGUUCAGGCAUGAAGUUUUCCUCCAUUGUCGAGAUGUCCGUGUGUGUCGUGCCGCUGAUCAUUGCUGGCCUGGCCUCGGCCCUUGAAGACCGCGAUGGCCUCCGUCCUGUUGCUCAUGUGAAUGGUUUCAAGACCGUCAAGACAGAUCCACGGGCUCUUUUCCUCGUCGAGCAAGAGCUGGAAGAGCGGGCCCCCUUUUUCGGUGCUGACAAGGUCGACAGACUCAAGUCUUGUGUUCCCGUCGUUGAAGCCGCUCUCACUCGAUCAUCUGGGUCAAGCAGGACCGCGUUUCGCAAGCUGGGGUACGAACUCAAAUCGCUGAUUCGCGAGCCGCACAUGGCCCCACCAGCCAAACCUUCUGGCGGUAUUAACGUGCAACAUGAAGGGCCAGUCGACCCUCGGUUCAAGGGAGGGAAACAUAAGCUUGUGCACGACGAGCUCGACAAGACGCAGGGGUUGACUUCCAAGGAAAACGACAAAUUCCCAUGGAAACGUGACAACUCGUUGACUCGACCAACCAUCCAACAAACGAAGAAAGAUUCCAUCGACGCGACAAGCUCGCAGCUGCUCGAGCAUCCGCAGUCUGUUUCUUCGUCCACGAACAAACUUAAUUCUGAACGUGCUCGAGAACAAGAUUUAAGAGGGGCUAAACCGGUAGUACACUUCGAAGUCGCAGAGGACGCUAUGGGGAUCGAUCUGGAGCUCAUGUACGCGAAGCUGAACAACGACAAUAAGAUAACUCAGUAUGAUCAUGCGAUCACCGAGGUGCUUCGGAAGUCCUCACCUGCUGCAUUGUUUGGAGAAGGCGAUUACCAGAUUGCGUGCGAGAAGCUUAAAGAAAGGCUGCGCCAAGAGAUUGAUUUAUAUAAGAUGGCACUAAAUGAGCAUGGUGAAGAAGAACUUCAACGGAUAAUUCACGCUCGCAAGGCCAGUGAGGAUAAACGAGAUGAAGGGCUGGGGCUCGAGAACGGACAGUUUGCGUCUUGGUUCAUGAUGGAUAAAGUCGCUCCUGUGCUUGCUUCAAGGAAGGCUCAGGACGCCGAUGAGUUGGUUGAACAUCGCAAUAUUGCACCGGUAGUUAUGGACGACUACGAGAAGUUUGUUAUUCGGACGCUCAAAUAUUGUCGUGGACGUCACCUUCCUCUUCCUACGGACAGCGAAAAGUUUGAAGUGCGUCUAGGUUCUGCGUCUUUCGAUGCUGGUGAUCACAAGAUUUUGUGUGGUGAGCUUGAACGUGGACUGCGCGAUGAUAUCUUCAUGUACAAGAACCGUCUGAGCUUGUUGGGCAACGUCGCUACUCAACAAGCGAUUCAGGGUUUCGAGGUUACUCGGGAUGGCGCAACGCUGUACUCGGGGAUGGAGGGAGGGCAGUUCGCCCAUUGGUUCAUCAAGAGAAUUGAUCCUCAACGUGCUCGACUACACGCAUUGAGUGUGUCUUCGUCAGCAAAAAAUAAUGAGGAUGCAGAGAAUGUCAUGCUCAAGUACAGAAUGUUUAUUGAUAAGCAGCUGGUAAAAAUUCGUGGGCGUCACCUUCCUCUUGCUGCGGAGGCGACAUGCCUCCUGUUUUCGUGCCUUUUGGAGAUGACGGUCACAAGCGUGUGUGCGAUGAGCUCAAAAGAGAUCUGA